GAGAUGACACCAAAACCACAAGAAACCCACAAGGCCACAACGCUCUCCCGGCACAAUACCAUGGCCGUUAAGUCCAAGCCGGCCACCUCCUCUUGCCUCGCCGCCGCCGUCCAUGGAGACCUCCUCCAAGUCACCGCAGCGGCCCUUCUCGCCGCCGCGGGAGCCUUCCGCGGCAACUGUGCUGCUGUGCCCUUGCCUUGUGCUCCUUCUCCUCGUCCUCAUCGCCGCAUCCAUCGCCUUCACGGUCCAGUUCCGCCUCUACUGCCACUCCCCUGUCGGCCACCUCAUCUGCCCCCACCGGUGCCCGCACCGCAUCUGACCGCAGGCGCUAGCCACCGCUGGCGGGAGCGGGAGGGCACUGGCCUGCUCCCCAGCCUCGCCCCGCAUCUCCUUUCAGCGAGAUCCCGCUCCCUUCCUGCCUCCCCUCUCGUCGCGACGCCAGCAUUUAGGGCAGACGCCCUGCUCCGUUUCCCUGUCGCGAGAUGCCUGUCGACCUCAGCGUCCUCCACCUCCGACGACGACGACGCCGAGGGGGCCUCGCCGCCGCAGGGGGCGUCGAGCCACCCAGAGCACGUGGGCCGCGUGUGCGCCGCUAUCGCUGACGUCAUGGCCGCUGGCGCCGACGCGAACUUGGAGGCGACGCUCUCUGCACUGUCACCGCCGCUCUCCGAGGCGCUCGUGCUCGCGGUGCUCGACCGCUUCAAGCACGCGCACAGGCCAUCCCGCCGCUUCUUCCAGUGGGCUGCUGCAUCUGACGAGUUUGAGCACACCCCCGUCACUUACUGUAAGAUGCUCCACAUCCUUGGCAAGGCGAGGCAGUUCGAAACGAUGGUUGCACUAGUCCAAGAAAUGGGGAAGGCUGGUGCCCUGUGCAUGGACGCCUUCAAGAUCGCCAUUAAGUCAUUCGCUGCGGCCGGUGAGAUCAAGAAUGCAGUUGGCGUAUUCGAGAUGAUGAGGGUGCACGGCUUUGAUGAUGGGGUGGAGUCGUUCAAUUGCUUGCUUGUCGCUUUGGCUCAGGAGGGGCUGGGCAAGGAAGCUGCACGGGUCUUUGACAGAAUGCGUGAUCAGUACACUCCGGACCUGCGCUCAUAUACAGCACUGAUGUUGGCGUGGUGCAAUGCAAGGAAUCUGGUCGAAGCUGGGCGUGUCUGGAACGAUAUGCUGGAGAAGGGGAUGAAGCCAGACGUUGUUGUGCACAACACAAUGAUUGAUGGAUUGCUUCGUGGGCAGAGGCGUCCUGAAGCUGUGAAGAUGUUCGAGCUGAUGAAAGCUAAGGGUCCUCCACCAAAUGUCUGGACUUACACGAUGUUGAUCCGGGAUCACUGUAAGCAGGGAAAAUUGGACAUGGCGAUGCGAUGCUUCGAGGAGAUGCAGGUGGCUGGGUGCCAACCAGAGGUUGCUACCUAUACAUGCUUGCUUGUGGGAUACGGGAAUGCGAAACGAAUGGAUAGAGUGACAGCGAUGUUGGAGGAGAUGGCACAGAAGGGGUGCCCUCCUGAUGGCCGGACGUACAAUGCACUGAUUAAGCUGCUAACAAACAGGAAUAUGCCUGAUGAUGCGGUAAGGAUAUACAAAAAGAUGAUAACUAAGGGGCUUGAGCCCACUAUUCAUACUUACAACAUGAUGAUGAAGUCAUAUUUCCUUGGCGGGAGGAACUAUGCAAUGGGCUGCGCAGUGUGGGAAGAGAUGCAUCGGAAGGGGAUUUGUCCAGAUGUGAACUCGUACACAGUAUUUAUUAAUGGUCAUAUACGACAUGGAAGACCUGCGGAAGCAUGUAAAUUUCUCGAGGAGAUGAUCCAAAAAGGGAUGAAGGCUCCACAGAUAGACUACAACAAAUUUGCUGCAGAUUUUUCCAAGGCUGGGAAGCCGGACAUAUUAUAUGAAUUGGCUCAGAAGGUGAAGUUUACAGGAAAGUUUGAUGUGUCUAAUGUGUUCCAUCAGUGGGCAGAAAGAAUGAAAAAUCGGGUCAAGAAGACUGUCCCUAAUCAGACAGGGUGCAGGAUGUUCUGAGAUUACUAUGUCUGUCUGUAAUGGUGGUUGAAAUUUUAGAAUGUGCUCCUGCUAUUUAGCGGAGAGGUGCUACAGUUUUUUUAUAUUGUAUAGUAAUGCUUCAUUGAAGAGUAUCCCUAUUUAUAUUUGUUAGAAUGAAAAUUUUCAUUAAAUUAUGAAUUAGUUUAGUUUCAA